AUGGCUCACUCGCCGCCGGCGCCAUCGCGACCUCCGCUCCCGCAGACACAGACGUCCUUUUCGCGCAACUUCAGCCCUGCAAAUGGCAGACCCAGCCCGCUUGGCCCUCAGUCACCUCCAUUAGCCAUGAACUACUCCUCACCUUCGCCUCAAGCGUUCUCACCCCAGCAAUAUUUCCAACCGCCAGCCGCGAAGAGACCUAGACUGUCACCCGAUGUUCAGUCCCCUUCUGCUCCCCAAAGCUAUCCUCCCACCCCCACUGCGCAGCCAACCACUCCAGGUGGAAAUGCUCCCGUUAAUGGUUCAGCUGGGCCGCCUCCGGGGCAAGGACUGAUGCCUCCCCCUCAACGUCCUGACAAAGCUGAAGACCGCAACUACGAGGACAUUCUAGUUGGAACUGGGAUAAAUAUUGAAGAGGAGGCUAGGAUGCUCGUUCAGAAUGACUACUUUGGCACUUCAACUCCCCAGACGGCUACUUCUGGCAGUUUUGAGUAUCAAAACAAUUCAUUUCCCCCACCGGGAUCCAGUGGAGGCGUAAGUGCCUCGCAACAAGACCAAGCAGAGGAUACUACCCGGGAACACCAACCGUCAGAAGAAGAGACGAAAGAGAGGAAUGAAGCUCGCGCCGACUGGGAGGCGUCCAGAUACAGCCAGCAUCCACUCUGGGACAUGUUUUUGUUGGGCGGAGCCCUCAAUGAAAAGAUUCGAAACAUCAGCAUCACCGAACAUCUGGUUGAUCCACAGUCUGGAGUUCUAGUCAAUACUCAAAAACACAUGCCUCCUCCUACUGUACGAGUCAAUGGGCUGGAAGGCGCCUCGCGCAUUAUCGACAAGGGGCAAGCGAUUCUCGACACUGGACAGAAGGGCGAGCGGCUUUCAGACAUCAUGAAGGUCAUCAGUUUGGCAACACGAGCUCGGAUGACUGGUUUGCUGAGCACCUCUUCAAGACUCUCUCAAGAACGUCGGCAGCAUUCUGCUGGAAAGGUACCGGAGGAAUGGCAAGAUAUCGCAGUUCAGGCCAAGCCUGCAGCAGAUAUCCCUGACGGAGCCACCAGCCCAGCAGGUAGCUCCAGUCUAAAGCGCACGCAUUCCCAAACAGGUAGCGAGUCAUCGGUACGCCCUGAGCAGGUUCCUGGACCUAUGCGUCUAAUAUCUACGUUUGAAAAAGUUUCACAGGCGGAGAGGGCUGCAGAGGAAGCACGACGGCAAAAGAGAGUCAAACGAAAAGCCGCCAAAAGAGAAGAAGCAGGCCCAACGGCGACCGGGCCCGAUGCGACGCCUGAGGCUGUCACUGUUGCCAACCUGGACGCAGAGAAAAAGACAACAAAGAAGGAGAGGAAACUAGCAGAGAGCAAAUUCUCCGAACAGCAACAGCACAAGUCUGCUAACGAGGCAGCACGAAUGGCCGUCGCGGGAUUAUUUGGCAGUCGCCUGGGCGGCAAGAAGUCGAGAACGUAUGACUGGAUGAAUGCUGGUAAAGCAGGAGCAAGUCCUGCGGCGACUCCAGGCAGACCAACGGCGUCAGGCGCUCCGUCGACAGCAGGGACACCGGCCCCUGAUCGAGCUCGGACCGCUCCGAGGGAGAAGCAGUUUGGUCAGUGGGACGAAGACAGGGACGCGAAGAUCCAGGCCCGAGAUGUCUUGCUCGUGCUGGAAAGUGACGCCCGUGCCUCACGUUCGUAUGUGAGAGGACUUAGUCUCCCCGAGAAAACUGAUUCUUGA